AUGCCUGGGGUUCGCAAUCGUCGGGAGGUGGACAGCGACAUCGACAUCGACUUCGAAGAGGAAUCAACUGUCCUGGAUGAGGUCCAGUUGGUUGUGCCAUUGGAUGAUGUGCCGGAUGUACCACUGCUGCCAGCCAUCCUUGAGGAGGUGCCAGAUGUGCCGACUAUCCUUGAGCUUGGAGAACUUUCCAGUUCAUCAGCCCCAUUAUCACCUACAUGCGUGGGGGGAUCCCAGCAGGUGGUGGUGAGGAUGCACCAUGCGAGUAGGGUUCGAGGCCUGGAGACUCAACUGGUGUGGGCCAUCUCCAAGGAGACACACAGACUUAGUCCAGAGGGCAUCCCCUACUGUGCCACCAAGGUUCAGUCCAUCUCUUGGAUCCAGUAUGUGGCUGGCAGGGUGACCCAGUAUGCGUCUCACCUCCGCCACGAGACGUCUGUGGCCGUGACGCAUGGCUGCUACCAGCAAACUGAUGUCUCGGUGGUGUACGCCACUCUCCACAUGGGGCUGGAUGGGCUGCUCUCCUCCUCGGCGUGGUCGGAGGCUGCCUCCGUCUCUACGCCCACCACUCAGCAGUUCACUGAGCCAGAGCCUGAGGGCCACAACUGCUAUGAGGGCUGGGAGGAGGACCUGCUGCCUGAGGAGAGGGAGGUUCCUCUGCUAAACCUCUAUCUUACCACCAAGAGAGUGGAGGACAUCGGCCUGAGGCUCGUCUCCCUGCGCCAGGCCUUUACUGACGAGGCCGAAUUCAUCCGUGCCUAUAACGACUUUGUGGACUACCUGAGUGACCCCUCCAAGCAGAUUGACAUUGAGAGGGAGCUGGCUGAGGCAAAGAUCCAUCAUGUUAACCUGAUAGAUGUCCUUUUUGAGCUGGUGCUGUUUGGGAUGAUGACAGCUCAGAAAUCCCUGAUGGUGCAACCUGGUGGGUUCUUGGAGCGUCUGUACGCUCUCCUGUACUCCUUCCUGCCCACUGUUGCCAGCAUUGAGCCAAAGGCUGAGAGAUACCUGUUGCUGCUCAAUGGCGGGCUGAUGGCUCUGCUAGAUGACAUGUUUGGGCAGCAGCUGGCCUGGUAUUUUAACCGAGAGUCUCUGGUCACUCAGCUCUCCAGCCUCCUGGAGUACCACCUCGAGUACCUCAUGGCCAGCAUGUAGUCCUACUGCAGAGACCUGAAGGGCCACACUUCUUCUCUCUCUCUCUCUCUCUCUCUCUCUCUCUCUCUCUCUCUCUCUCUCUC